AUGUGUAAGCAAAAUUGCGAGAACAAGUGUCAGAGUCAGGUGAAAGUUCUCGCUUCACUACCUGGCACUUUCCAGCAUAAUCGCAGCCCCAAGACGCGAAAACAGUCGCACCGGUACAGGUCAUGGAGCAGGCAAGUUUCCGUCGUGGAGCUCCGUGACCAAUCGUUCUCGCUUCACUCCCGGGCACUUUCCAGCAUAAUCGCAGCCCCGAGAUGCGAAAACAGCCGCACCGGUACAGGUCAUGGAGUAGGCAAAGUUUCCGUCGUGGAGCUCCGUGACCAAUCGUUCUCGCUUCACUCCCAAGAACCAUUCCAGCAUAAUUUCAGCUCCGAGACGCCAAAACAGCCGUGCCGAUUCAGGUCAUGGAGCAGGCAAUUUUCCGUCCUGGAGCUCCGUGACCAAUCGUUCUCGCUUCACUCCCAGGCACUUUCCAGCAUAAUCGCAGGUCCCCCCGAGACGCGAAAACAGCCGCACCAGUACAUGUCAUGGAGCAGGCAAGUUUCCGUCGUGGAGCUCCGUGACCAAUCGUUCUCGCUUCACUCCCGGGCACUUUCCAGCAUAAUCGCAGCCCCGAGAUGCGAAAACAGCCGCACCGGUACAGGUCAUGGAGUAGGCAAAGUUUCCGUCGUGGAGCUCCGUGACCAAUCGUUCUCGCUUCACUCCCAAGAACAUUCCAGCAUACUUGCAGACCCGAGACGCGAAAACAGCCGCUCCGGUACAGUCGUGGAGCAGGCAAUUUUCCGUCGUGGAGCUCCCCCCGAAACGCGAAAACAGCCGCACCGAUACAGGUCAUGGAGCAGGCAAUUUUCCGUCGUGGAGCUCCGUGACCAAUCGUUCUCGCUUCACUCCCAGGCACUUUCCAGCAUAAUCGCAGCCCCGAGACGCGAAAACAGCCGCACCGGUACAGGUCAUGGAGCAGGCAAUUUUCCGUCGUGGAGCUCCAUGACCAAUCCCCCGAGAUGCGAAAACAGCCGCAUCGGUACAGGUCAUGGAGUAGGCAAAGUUUCCGUCGUGGAGCUCCGUGACCAAUCAUCCGAGACGCGAAAACAGCCGCACCGAUACAGGUCAUGGAGCAGGCAAUUUUCCGUCGUGGAGCUCCGUGACCAAUCGUUCUCGCUUCACUCCCAGGCACUUUCCAACAUAAUCGCAGGUCCCCCCGAGACGCGAAAACAGCCGCACCGGUACAGGUCAUGGAGCAAGCAAGUUUCCGCCGUGGAGCUCCGUGACCAAUCGUUCUCAACUCACUCCCGAGCACUUCCCAGCAUAAUCGCAGCCCCGAGAUGCGAAAACAGCCGCACCGGUACAGGUCAUGGAGCAGGCAAUUUUCCGUCGUGGAGCUCCGUGACCAAUCGUUCUCGCUUCACUCCAAGAACAUUCCAGCAUAAUUGCAGACCCGAGACGCGAAAACAGCCGCACCGGUACAGGUCAUGGAGCAGGCAAUUUUCCGUCGUGGAGCUCCGUGACCAAUCGUUCUCGCUUCACUCUCGGGCUCUUUCUUGCAUAAUUGCAGGUCCAUCAUGGAGAAGGCAAGUUUCUGUCGUGGAGCUUCGUGACCAAUCGUUCUCGCUGCACAUUCGGGCACUUUCCAGCAUAAUCGCAGCAACGAGACGCGAAAACAGGCGCACCGGUACAGGUCACGGAGUAGGCAAAGUUUCCGUCGUGGAGCUCCGUGACCAAUUGUUCUCACUUCACUCCCAUGAACUUUCCAGCAUAAUUGCAGGUCCCCCCAAGAUGCGAAAACAGCCGCACCGGUACAGGUCAUGGAGCAGGCAAUUUUCCGUCGUAGAGCUCCAUGACCAAUCAUUCUCGCUUCACUCUUGGGCACUUUCGAGCAUAAUCGCAGGUCCGUCAUGGAGCAGGCAAUUUUCCGUCGUGGAGCUCGGGGACCAAUCAUUCUCGCUUCACUCUCGGGCACUUUCCAGCAUAAUCGCAGCCCCGAGACGCGAAAACAGCCGCACCGGUACAGAUCAUGGAGUAGGCAAAGUUUCCGUCGUGGAGCUACAUGACCAAUCCCCCGAGACGCGAAAACAACCGCAUUGGUACAGGUCAUGGAGUAGGCAAUUUUCCGUCGUGGAGCUCCGUGACCAAUCGUUCUCGCUUCACUCCCAGGCACUUUCAAGCAUAAUUGCAGGCCCCCCCGAGACGCGAAAACUGCCGCAGCGGUACAGGUCAUGGAGUAGGCAAGUUCCGGUCGUGGAGCUCCGUGACCAAUUGUUCUCGCUUCACUCCCAAGAACUUUCCAGCAUAAUUGAAGACGCGAAAACAGCCACACCGAUACAUGUGAUGGAGCAGACAAUUUUCCGUCGUGGAGCUUCGCUACCAAUCGUUCUCGCUUCACUCCUGGGCACUUUCCAGCAUCAUUGCAGCCCCGAGACGCGAAAACAGCCGCACCGGUACAGGUCAUGGAGCAGGCAAUUUUCCGUCGUGGAGCUCCGUGACCAAUCGUUCUCGCUUCACUCCCAGGCACUUUCCAGCAUAAUCGCAGCCCCGAGACGCGAAAACAACCGCACCGGUACAGGUCAUGGAGUAGGCAAGUUCCGGUCGUGGAGCUCCGUGACCAAUUUGUUCUCACUUCACUCCCAAGAACUUUCCAGCAUAUUUGAAGCCCCGAGACGCGAAAACAGCCGCACCGAUACAGGUCAUGGAGCAGACAAUUUUCCGUCGUGGAGCUCCCCUCGUUACCAAUCGUUCUCGCUUCACUCCUGGGCACUUUCCAGCAUCAUUGCAGGUCCCCCCGAGACGCGAAAACAGCCGCACCGAUACAGGUCAUGGAGCAGGCAAUUUUCCGUCGUGGAGCUCCGUGACCAAUCGUUCUCGCUUCACUCUCUAGGACUUUCCAAACCGCGCCGAUACAGGUCAUGGAGCAUGCAAUUUUCCGUCGUGGAGCUCCGUGACCAAUCGUUCUCGCUUCACUCCCAGGCACUUUCCAGCAUAAUCGCAGCCCCGAGACGCGAAAACGGCCGCACCGAUACAGGUCAUAGAGCAGGCAAUUUUCCGUCGUGGAGCUCCGUGACCAAUCGUUCUCGCUUCACUCCCAGACACUUUCCAGCAUAA